UAUUAUUAUAAUAAUCAUCAUUAUCAUAUAAUUUUGUCACCUUCCUCUCCUACCUCUCCUUCCCCUUCUAUGGAAUCACAGGAGAAAAAAAAUGGCUGGAGGUCUGUACCUGAAUUCGGAGGAUGGGAUUCCAAGGCGCCAGGAGCUACCGAUUAUUCCAUGGUCUUUUCACAAGCUCGAGCUAAUAAGAAGCAACAGAAAAAAGAAGUCAAGCAUAUCAGCCUUGGAAAUGAAAGAGAAUUCAUUGCUGCUACUCAUCAAGAUGAUUCAGUUCUGAAGAAAAAGAAGAUCUUGACUUACAUUAAUUGCUGUAUAAGGCCUUGAUUUCCCGCGAAUUCCAAGCCAAGUUUUUUCUGUCUCCUGUAAAUUUUAACAAUAUUUGGAACACUAUUAAGCCUGUAAAUUUACAGAAGAGACAUGUUCAUUAAUAGAUAUUUAUGUGGGAACUAUAAUCUUUUAGCAUGCUAAAUGUGUCCAUUUUCAAAAGGAUUAUAUAAAGGAUUGUACUUCUCUAAGUGGUACGCGCAAUUUGCAAGAAGAGAGAGGCAGCAAUUAGAAAUGUUACACAUAAAAUAAAGUCAACACAGGGCGUUACAGAAAAUCUAA